AUGUCACUCAAUGAAAAUAAAAAUGUUAAUGGAAAAGAAGAGAAGAAUGAUAUCAACAAAUGGGCACAUCUUCCAGAUGAGAUCCUAGAACUGAUUAUGAAGCGUUUGUGCCUCAAUGAUUACCUUGCAUUGCGUACAAUAUGCUCCCCUUGGAAGAGAAUCGUUACUAAUGCUAUUACCAUUAAGCAUUGUUGCCCUUUACGUGAACCGCCACUAAUUGUCCUUAAUUCAAACAAGCAAGUACUUUUUAGCUUGAGAACAGAACGUGAACAUUAUCCCAAAAGAUCAAUAUAUGAGAGCACACAUAUUGCUUGUCUUGGUUCACAUGAAGGAUGGAUGAUUAUGUCUGAUCAUGUUGAAAUGGGUAUUUUAUCAGUCUUCUUCUUCAAUCCGGUGACUAAUCGUCGCGUCUCAGUUCCACCACGGUUGUAUUUUCCGUCCAACUCUCCAAUCCAAGAUGAAGUAUUGUUUAUAAGGAAAAUGGUAGCCUCUUCCGGACCAGAUUGUUGUAAACCAGGUUGUUAUUUGGCUGGUCUUUUCAACGACCAUUGCCAUAUUGCAUUUUAUAAGCUCUUUGACAAGUCAUGGAAUUUGAUUGAAACAGAAAAGGAUUCAGGGGUUCAUUUUAUGGAUUUGGAAAUCAUGGGUUCGAAGUUGUAUGUUAGAACUGGCAAGCCCUUGGAUUCCAUAUUGGUUUAUGAUCUUACAGAUUCCAGUAACGGGUCGCCAAAGGCUGAAGUGUUAGCUAUGCUUCCACAAAGAUCCACACCAUUUGUAUCAAGAAUGAUUGAUAACCAACGUCAUGAUUCAGGUUAUAACGUUUUCUCUCUAGCAAAACACGAAACAUUAGCCCAAUUAUUCCUCAUUAACAUCUUCUGCAAUAUAAUUUAUAGAUCUGAAGAUAUUGGCUAUUUGAACAUGCUCAAAGAAUAUGUUACCCCACCUGAGAUCACUGGAAUAGAAGUGUUUAAGAUGGACAUGAACAAGGAGCCUAUUAAGUGGAUAAAGUGUGACAGAUUAGAUGAUGAUGUGAUUUUUGUUAGUGGUGUCAAGAGCAUGGUAAUGUCAAGAACCUCUCUUAACUGCACUCAAGCAUUAAUUAGAGAAAAUAGUGUCUAUUUCGCCUUUAAAUUUAACUGUCCUUCGGUUCCAUGGCAAGGGGGAGCUUUAUUGGGGAUCAAACACUUGACUGAUAGCAGCAUCAAAUAUUUUUCUAUUGAGGAAUCAAAUCAUUCCAAAGUUCCUUUUCCUUUCUGGUUCGUACCAAGUAUUUGA